CCCCGGCAGGAAGUAGUAUGGAGGACUGCAUUGAGGUCAUCCUUGAGGAGCACAGCAGCAGGUGUUUCAGCCAUCAGCAGUCUAGCCCCAAUGUCACCUUACUGAUCGGAUCUGCCUUUUCCGGAGUCUAUGGACUCUGGGCCAUGUUCUGCAUGCCUGGACUGAGGGUCCCUUUCAGACUAAAGGUGCCAUUUUUACCUUCAACAAAAGAACAAACUCUAAAUGUUAUCAAGCUUCUAGAAGGACGCAAAGGCCGCCUGGCUGACCUGGGAUCAGGUGACGGACGUUCGGUUUUUGCAGCAUCAUCAAUGGGAUUUCAAUGCACAGGUUUUGAAAUAAAUUCCAUAUUGUUGACCUAUUCGAGGAGUAAAGCAUGGUGGCGCGGCGUACCACACACUGAUAUUCAUUUCGUCAAACAGGACUUCUGGAAGACUGAUCUCUCCAAAUACAGAAACGUGACUGUGUUUCUGGCUCCUGCAGUGAUGGGGGUUCUGGAAGAGAAGUUGUUAAAGGAACUUCCUGAGGAUGCCAGAGUCAUUGUGUGCCGUUUCCCUUUUCCUCGCUGGCCCCACAGCUGCACUGCUGGAUCUGGAUUAAACCAGGUCUGGGCUUACGAUGUCCACACUGCUAGAAAACCAUCCAGAACAUCUUUUCACCCAUCACAGGCCUGAACCAGCCUACUGGUAUUCUCAAUGUUGAUAGAAAAGCCACAUGCAACUCAGAAAUCAAGAUAUUUUCCUCUUUUUAAAAGUCUUUCAUAACAUUCACAUGAUUAAUGGUCUGUGUGACUGGCAAAACAAUGAAUUUCCAAAUCUUAUUCCAAAGCACGCUGAAGUUUUGGAUGUGUGAUGUUAAAUAAAUUGUUGCAAUGUUUUCAGUCAUUUCUUGCCUUAUAUUGGACAUGCACUAUAGUCUGGGGUCUAAAAGAUCACCAGUUAAAAUGCUUCUAUUUUACUUUUUUUCCAGAUUAUCAUUCUAUAAUUUGAGUGAGAAGUUAAGAAUUUCAGAAUUUCCUAGCACUGCCAGCAUGUUUUACGAAAAAAAAGAGGAAAAUUGUUACUUCAAAUAAAAAAUAUAUAUUAACAAAACAUUAUUUAACAGCAAGAAUGUGUUAAAUGAAUAUUUAAUAGAUUAAAUUACACUACCAGUCAAAAGUUUUUCAACAGUAAGAUUUUUAAUAUUUUUAAAGAAGUCUCUUCUGCUCAACAAACCUGCAUUUAUUUGCUAAAAUUAAAUUAAUACAAUUAAUAAAUUACAGUUUAAAAUUUUUAAAAUGUAAUUUUAAAAAAUAGAAAAGUUAUUUUAAAUAGUAAAAUUAUUUUAAAAAAAUUCUCAAAAUUUUACUGUUUUUGCUGUACUUUGGAUCAAAUAAAUGCAGGCUUGGUGAGCAGAAGAGACUUCUGCAAAAAUAUAUUAAAUAUCUUCCUGUUCAAAAACUUUUGCCUGGUAGUAUAAAUUAAUAAAAUUAAUAAUUUAUAUAUAAAAUUUAAAAAAAAUAAAUAAAUAAAAAUGGCAAAACAACAACAAAAAACUAAUUUAAAAAUUUAAAAGAAAAAUUUUGAAUACCAAAGAUACUAAAAUUUGCGAUGCCAAAAAGCAUUGUGAAUUUAAAAUUGUUCUGUUUGUAUUAGAAAAUGGUACUGUAUUGAAUCUGAAAUAAAUCUUUAUUUUGAUAUAAAAAUCGUAAAGCUUUAUUUCAAGGAUUAAAUGAAAAACAAUCCAAGAUUUUCAACACGGUCUCAGA